ACCGGUGAGUGAAAACCGUCUCGGUGCCGUCAAAAGCUGGCCGGCAGCGCAGUGCUCAACUUUGUGGCAAACCUCAGUUGAAGCUCUGAAACAUUGUUUUACAGUAGUGGCAGAUGGCAGGCAGAUAACCACCCCAGUAGUAAUCUACAGUCCCGUGUUGGUCCGUACCGAUAUUCCCCUUGGGCCUUGGCGCCGGUAACUGGAAACGGAAUCCCAUCUGAAACAAAAGCCGUCGUUUUUCCAGGCACCACCACCACCAGCCACGAUAGCCAGCAGACUGAGCAGAGCAUAGGCGUGUGCUCUGGCACGCCCGGCCGACCGCGGUCGCUGAGUCAGACCGCGCCGCGUGCUCCGCCUCCGGUCCAAAAACACGUGUACGCCGGGCCACCAGGAAGCCGCCGCCGCCGCCACCAUCCCCGCGGUGGAAACGCGAGGAGGAAGAAAGAAAGACAUCCAAACGCAACGGCAAAGCCACCCCCGACACGGUCGCCCCCGUCCAGUCCUCCCCAACCAGGCCGCGUCCCGCCCUUUUACCUUUUCCACGGACGCUAAUUUAAUCCGUCCGUCCGUCCGCGCCCUCUCGCCCCGUUCUCCGCUCCCGCUCCCCGCCACCGCCACCGCCAGCGCCCCCUCGUGCGCGCCGCCGACGCCGCCCAGCGCCUCGCAGAUGACGCCCGCCGCCGCGGCCGUCACACUCUCCCUCCAAUGACCCGCGCGCAGCCCACACCCCAGCUCGCCGCGGCGCUCCUCUUGCUGCCGCUGCUGCUGCUCGCGCCCGUGGAGGUAACCGCCUCCACGCUCGCCGUAGCGGGGGGCUCCGCCGUCUGCGGCGUGGCCGCCGACAACGGCACCGUCUACUGCGUCGCGGCCUACAACUCAUCGGCCUCGCCCGUCGCGCCGUACCUCGUGUUCUCGCAGGUCUCGGGCGGCGCGGGGUUCCUCUGCGGCGUCGGCGCGGUCCCAGGGGGCGGCGGUGGCGUCCCCGCGCUCUUCUGCUGGCCGCCGGCGGCCCCGGGGCAGCUCAGGCGGGUGUACAGGGGGCCCGACCUGCUCCUGGACGUCGCCGUCGGGGCCGACCACGUCGCGGCGUACGACGGGCAGGCGCGCGGGAUCCGAUGGUGGAGGGGCGGUUCUGGGGCGUUCCCGACGGACCUGGUGCAGGGCGCGUUCGGGUCCCUCGUCUCCGGCGACGGCUUCACCUGCGCGAUGGACGCCGGCUCCGCGGUCCGGUGCUGGGGGACGCGGGGUAGCGCCGUGCAGGCGGCCUUCGCGAACGCGUCCCUGUCGUCCCUCGCCGCGGGGGGCUCCCGCGCGUGCGGCGUGGUGUCGGCCACCGGCGCCGUGCUCUGCUCCGGCGCGGGCGCGGGCGUGCUCCCGCAGAGCGGCCUCGAGCCCCACGGGCUCGCCGUCGGCGACUCCCACGCCUGCGGGCUCCGCCGGAACAACCACACCGCGGUGUGCUGGAGCCUCGCGGGGCCGACGCCUACCGUCUACUACCCGGCCUACGGGACGGAGUUCGUGUUCCUCGUCGCCGGCGGCAACCUGACGUGCGGCCUCGUCACCGCCAACUUCACCGUCCUGUGCUGGUCCUCGUCGUCGACCUCGUCGGCGGCGUACAACGAGGCGGUCAUGGUGGCGCUGCCCGCGGUUCUCCCUGGCUCGUGCGUCCCCGACGGCUCCUCGUGCCAAUGCGGCGUCUUCCCGCGCUCCGCGGAGCUCUGCACGACCGCGCGCGCGGGCGGCGGCGUGAUCUGCAAUAGGGUGUGCCCGCCGCCACCGCCGCCGCCUGCUGCACCCGCGUCGCCUCCCGAGUCACCGGCUUCAAAGCGAGUGUCCAAAGUCUGGAUCGCGUUCGCCGUCGUCGGCGCGGUGGGCGUCUUCGCGGGCAUCUGCUCCAUCAUCUACUGCUUCGUCUUCGGCUUCUGCAGCCACAAGAGGAUCCAUAACUCUGUCCAGCCCAACAUCGCCAGCAACGCCCCCGCUGCGGCGGUGGAUAACGCCGGCGGCGUCGUCGUCGGAGCCGGCGCCGCGGCGAGCCCCUACGGCUCGCCGAACGGGUCACGGGCGCGCGGCCUCUUCCGGCGGCAGCUGUCCCGCGCCAUGACGCGGCAGCGCAGCGGGCCGUCGUCCUUCAACUUCAAGGAGCACACCGAGGAGUACACGUUCGCGCAGCUGGCGACGGCGACGAACGGCUUCGCGCCGGAGGCCAAGAUCGGGGCGGGGAGCUUCGGCACGGUGUACCGCGGCAAGCUCGCCGACGGGCGCGAGGUGGCCAUCAAGCGCGGCGAGGCAUCGGGGCCAAUGGCGCGCAAGUUCCAGGAGAAGGAGAGCGCUUUCCGGUCGGAGCUGGCCUUCCUCUCCCGCCUCCACCACAAGCACCUCGUUGGCCUCGUCGGCUACUGCGAUGAGAAGGAGGAGCGGCUGCUGGUGUACGAGUACAUGAAGAACGGCGCGCUGUAUGACCACCUCCACCCCAAGGGCGGCGGAGCCGACGCCGACGCCAUCGCGGCGUCGCCGGUGGCGUCGUCUUGGAAGCUGCGCAUCAAGAUCCUGCUGGACGCGUCGCGGGGCAUCGAGUACCUGCACUCGUACGCCGUGCCGCCGAUCAUCCACCGCGACAUCAAGUCGUCCAACAUCCUGCUGGACGGCGGGUGGGUGGCGCGCGUGUCGGACUUCGGGCUGUCGCUGAUGGGCCCGCCGGAGGCGGAGGAGGCGGGCGGCGCGCAGCAGCACCUGUCCAUGAAGGCCGCCGGCACGAUGGGGUACAUGGACCCGGAGUACUACGGCCUGCACCACCUCACCGUGAAGAGCGACGUGUACGGCUUCGGCGUGGUGAUGCUGGAGACGCUCACCGGGAAGCGCGCCAUAUUCAAGGAGGCCGAGGGCGGGGGGCCCGUGAGCGUGGUGGACUACGCGCAGCCGAGCAUCGUCGCCGGGGAGCUCGGCAAGGUGCUGGACGGGCGCGCGCCGGAGCCCUCGCCGCACGAGGCCGAGGCCGUUGAGCUGGUGGCGUACACGGCCGUGCACUGCGUGCGGCUCGAGGGCAAGGACCGGCCGGCGAUGGCCGACAUCGUGGCCAACCUGGAGACGGCGUUCGCGCUUUGCGAGGGCAGCGCGGGCGGCAGCCGCGGCGGCGCCGGCGGGGGCACCGCCGGCGGCGGGUUCGGCAACAGCUCGUCCAGCGCCAGCCUCUCCAUGACGUCCAUGGAGCUGUCGGGCAGGCUCGCGGAGUAGCUAAAUUCGUUCGCUCGUUCGUGAAUUCGAAUCCAGGAGUUUCAAAUUGUGAUUAGCCCGGGAUCGUAAAAUCCGUUUGUUAGUUCAUUGAUUUUUGAUUUGAGGGUAGAUUCUGGAACCGGAGAGGUCUCUCUGUGUGUGAUGAUCUGUGAUGUGAUUCUCUCGCUCGUCGCACACAUUUUGUUCUUGGUGGAUGUA